UCUGUAAAAAUUAAGAAAAAAGGUGACAUUUACAGUUUCACCAACUUCUGCUACAAUUUCUCAAAUGUACAACCACAAUAUGUACCAUGGAUAUGGAUUGAUGGGGUACCCAGUUUAUGGUAACAGUGAAUGGGAUGGUUAUCAUUAUUCCUGUGGAUCCGAUGAGGAUGCUCCCAACUUAUUCUUGGCUGGAGGUGCAUCUUGGUCAUAUGAUUAUGACUUUGCUCACAGCAGAAUUGGCACAGGAGUAUUCAUUCCCAAGCUGGAUCAAGGAACUGGAGUAUUCCAUCCAAAGUUGGAGCUGGUAGAGAAGACCAAACAAGAAAGCAAUCCUGUCAAUCCCGACAGAGUUGAGCAGGAAAGAUAUCUUGGGGAUCCUAACAGAGUUGCACAAAAAUGCAAUCUUGCGAAUGCCAGCAGAGUUGAUCAAGAAAGCAAUACUUCAAGUCUUGAUUCCCUUCCUGAUGAAUUGCAAGAGCUGGUAUUGACUUUUCUUCCGCUUUCCAGCAUUAUUGGGUCUUCUUGUGUUUGUAAGAAAUCGAAGCAGAUUGUGCUCUCGGGGAAGUUGAGGAUCAACUCUGCUGAACGUUUGUCCAAGCCUUGGUACUUCAUGUUCAAAAACUUUGAUGAUCCCCUUGGUAAUAUAUACGACCCUCUACAGCGCCAUUGGUAUGAUUUUAAAUUCCCUUUUACAAUAAAGCAUACCUGGAAAUUUGCUGCAUCCUCUGGUUUGAUCUGCAUGAUGGAGGAAACUGAUUGCAAUUUCGAGAUUUACAUAUGCAAUCCCAUGACUAGAAAGCACAUAAAAUUGGAAAAACAUUUAGGUGCACCAGAGUCCACUUAUAGCAGUCUUGCCUUUUCAGUCAAUAAGCCUUCAAAUGCAUACACCAUUGCAAUUGUGAGGUCCUGGCAAGCCCAAGAGAGUUUUACUCAUUGGAACACCUCAAUUCACAUCUAUAAUUCAGAGAAAAUGAUGUGGUUGAGUCCUUUUGUAGAAACAUUAAGUGGCUGGCGAGCAGGAUGUGACAGCAUUAUUGUUGAUGGGGCUCUAUAUUUCGUGGUUACAAAAAUUGGCCUGACUAAUUGCCAUGCUUUGUUACGCUAUAAUUUGGAUAACUCAUCUCAUAACUGCAACCUAAUCAAAACUUUGACCCCCAUUCCAUUCUCCCUCACUUGCGUGCGCCUGAUGUACCUCCAAAACAGGAUUGUCAUGGUGGGAGGUCUCGGUAGUCAUGAUGUUCCAGAAAAGAUCGGCAUAUGGCAGCUUAAGGGUGCAGAGUGGGAAGAGGUUUCAUGGGUGCCUGACACUUUCUUUCAGGGAUUCGGAGAAAUAGAUGAUGUUUUUGCAAGCAGCGGUGCUGGUGAUCUUAUCUACAUCCAAGCCUAUGGAUCAACAUCAGUUCUUAUCUUUGAUAUGAAGUCGGAAGUAUGGAAAUGGUGCCAGAAAAGGCCUCUGUGUAGGAGGUAUGCCCUUGAGCUUUUCUCAGGAUUUUGCUUUGAACCCCGGCUUGAUAUUUCACCCUGAUCUAGCAGCAUAAAUACUUAGUUGUAAUAGCAGUGUUAGUCAUUUUCUGUUCAGCCUCCUGCGCGGAUUUCUUCAUCAAAUAAUUUGUACUGUCAAAAAAUUCUGGAGACGAUGAUUAUUUCAUUUAUCUGUAAUUUUUUUUAAUGAUAA